CGGGGCAGUAAACAAAUAACUGACGUCUACCUAUGACAGAAGACGUUAGCUAGCUAACUAGCCCCGAAGAUUUCCGUCCAUGGAGUUUUACUCCUCGAAAAUUAACAUCAUAAAGUUGAAGUAGACAUUUGACUGUGCGCUUGUUAAUUUAGCUUAAUUUGAGCUGUUCCUCAUUAGUCAGCUUAUGCUAAUCAGCUGGCAAACUAGCUAGCUUAACAGUAUUAAAAUAGCGAAAGGUAGUCUAAGUAUUUUGAAUAGUGAAUAUUUAAAUAAUGUCUGGACCAAACGGAGAUCCAAACAUCUCGACUGAUGAUGGCAUCAUCAACGACGACGAUGAUUUCGGUGAUGGAGAGUAUGAAGCCAUCAACUCCAUGCUAGAUCAGAUCAACUCCUAUCUUGAUGACCUGGAGGAGCGGAAUGAUUUACUUAACGGCAAACUGCAUGACCUAAUGGAAUCAAACAGGCAAGCCCGGUUGGAGUUCAGGGCCCAACUGCUCGGCCCUGCGACCCAGGAGGAGAAUUGUCCUGCGGAGGGGGACGACUCCUCACCCAGUAAUGAAGACCUGAACGAGGACAGCGAGGCUGGCAAAUGAGUGACAUGAGAGGGUUGAGUUCAGCAGAAUGCAAGGAUAAAAAUAUUUAUGACUGACUAAAAUCCCAACCUCUUGCUGCCUGGACUAGUGACCCUUGAUCUGCAUCGUCCAUGCUCGUCUGAUCCUCCUGUGAACUUACACGUCCACCUGUAGAUGUGUGUACAGCAGUGAUAUUUUGCUUCUUUCACUGAAUCCAGUGUAAUAGUUCUGCUUUGUUGAGCUGUGGUGAGCUGUUUGGUUCUUGAGCAGACUGAAGAACUGAUCUGGUAUAGUUACAGUGAAAUCUAAGUCACCUUUGUUGUUGUUCAGGUCCAAGUGGGAGAUCAUGAGAAAAAAUUCAAAAGCUUUUAAUGCUUAGGUUUUCCCACAUUUCUCUCAUAAAAAUCUAAUGUGCUGAUAUCUGUGGCGACCUAACCCAUGUCGAAUACUCUCCAUGAUCUCUCUCAUAGCCCAACAGGGGUCAUAAUCGAACUUAAGUGUAGCGUGUUGAUUCAUGUAGUGUGGACAUUCAGCUUUGUAACAGCCGUACUGUUUUGGUUACAGCUUGUGUCAUCCCAAGGAGGAAAUAUGCAACAUUCCAGAUGUCUACUGGUGUAUUAUGUUUGAUCCGAAGCAUGACUGUAAAUCCACACUGCUGAUUUUCCUCAACUUGUUCAACGACAAGUGAUGUGGCCUGGAAAGUGUUGGUAUAUGUUAAGUGCUGUUAAAAGUAAAAAUCAAGUUGACAAAGCGUGGGAAUCAUCAAACGUUUUAAUAUAAAUUAAAAUGACCCCGAAACAGGAAACAAACAUCCAAAAAUACAUUAAACUUCCAGCAGUUAGAAAACAUCACCUGGUUGUUCAUCUCAAUUUGUCAGUAGCUGAAUAAAAAUACAAUAAGAAACCUA